AUGCGUUUCAAUAUCGUCAGCCUCCUGCUGGCCGGAGUCACUGCCACCUCCGCCGCUACUACCACCUCUGCAGCAGGCUCAGCCUCAACCUGCUUGCCCUCAUCUUCUGAUGCCAAGGUCCUCCAAUUCGCUCUGGGUGUCUCCAACUUCAUCGGCGGUUUCUACAACACCACUGUGAACAGCACCUUCGGAAACUCCAACAACGCCACCAUCCAGGCAUACCAGAGGGUCCUCUUCGGCCUCGAGAAGGACAACACUCUAUCCAGCGCCGCCAUCGAGAAGGUCGGCGCCAAAGCCCCCGGCUUCUCCAAGCCUACCUGCGACUACACAUACCCUGAGGUCAGCAGCACCCAAACUUGGGCACAGUGGGCCUACCGCUUCGAGGAUACCGUCACCGGUGCCUUCAUCGGUCUUGCCGGCUACUCCCAAUCCCCCGAGGUCUCUUUCCUCUUGGCUCGUCUGGCUGCCGAGCACAGCGCCCACUCUGCCUUGAUCGGUAGCCGCGUGAACUCGACCUACUUUGCCGCAAACUCUACUUCGCUUGUGGCAGCCUACGGCCCCGCUCAGAUCUUGUCCUCUCGCAACCAGACUGGUAGCCUUGGUGAGUACCUCGGUGGAUGCCUCACUGCCCCCACUAGCCCUUGCGGCGCCUGGAGGAUUGGCCCCUUGGAUGCUACUCCCUCCUCUUCCGGUGUGGCGAGCAGCACCGGCGUGUCUACUUAUGCUGCCAAGAAGAACUAA